AUGCCGCUAUUCCUUGCGAAUUUAGCCAUGUCCAGCUACUUCUUGGCGCUGUGUUACGUCCUGGUAACAGCAAUGACAGUGAACAAGUACCUUGAAGUGCGACGCGUUCUCAGACGUCAUGAACAUACUACGUGGAGUACCGUCCAGCUGUUGGUGCUUAGUGUGGCCCUAGGCUCUUUCUUCCGGUCAGCCACGUUUUCCACUCUGUGCAUCUUGGACUCCCAAGCUGCAGCCGAUUUGCCUACCGGGAUCUCAAGUAACAAUCCAUGGGUGCAUGAUGCACCUCCACUUACUUCCGGACGAGAAGACGCAAAUGGGGCGUCUUUGGACACGACCGGAAGUCACGCCCAGGCUGAGCUGGACUUUUACAAUAAAGUCGUAGCCGUGCUGUUUAAUCUGCCUGAUUUCCUCUUUGUGUCGUCCUAUUUACUACUGGUUCUCGUGUGGGCGGAGACUUUCCAGUCGUCGCGACGUCAUUGGUUUUCUGCUGCGGCGUUCAGACGGAAGUGGAUGAUUUUCUAUCUCGUCUUUAAUGGAGGGCUGUAUUUGACUCAGCUGGUGCUCUACGCGAGUCUAUUUCUCUAUGACAAGAGUGGGAUCUUUGAUGACGACAAGGAAGAUCGUCUUAGUGUCAUCCCCGAGACGAUCUUCUACUUGGUGGCGGCUGCAGACCUGUUUCUCCCGAUCAUCAUCUUUUCAACGUGGGUGUAUUUGACACUUUCUCUGUCGGGGUUUCCAAUGAAGUCACAAUCGGCGGAGCUUCGACUCCAGUGGGUGGGCCGACUCGUCAUGGCCUGGAGUGUCGGACGUAUCCUGUACAGCGUGAUGACACUUCUCACAUUUACCAAGGGAUGGUUCAAUGUACAUCACGAAGAUGCCUCGGCACAGGCAAUGCUACUCGUCGUAGUAUUUUUUGCUGCAGAGCUGAUUCCCAUUUAUCUGACGCUGGACAAACGUUUACUGGCAAUGCUAUCGGUGGAAAACUACGAACCGCUAUUAGCAGACUCGGGUAUCUACGGCUAG